CCGAGAACAUAUAGGCAGGCUAACAGAGGAGGUGCAUAAGCAGAAAGUACUGCUUAGAGAGAUGUCAGACGAACUACGCCGCCUCAAGUCGCUCCUCGACGAAAUGACAGAAACUGCGGAGCACAGGAUGUUCACCGUGUUCUGGUUGUUGCUUGACAACAUGAAAGAUAUAGACGUUACUCGUCUGARGGAGGAYAUGUCAGCCAGACUUCAGGCAAUUGCUGAAACGAAGAAYACCACGUUCGACGAGUUUCAGGCAUGGCUGGAUAUUGAAAGGGAAAGGCGCACCGCAGUCUUGAAGCGGUUCUCCGCCCACAUCACGAAGACAACAAACGGGGAGUCAGACGGAGGGGAUGUCAUGUGUCUUGCCAGCUGCGGAAAGUGUGUGCUGAAGGAGGRGUGGGCAUCGUACAAUAGCCAAGAUUACAACACAGGUUCGCUACCUACGACGGCACGCAGCGUCGUUGACCUCUUAGCCUUCGCCGAGGACUGCAUUCGCCACUGUACGGAAACCGUCGAGGAGUACGGUCUGAGUGAAGUGGGUGUCGGGUCUGUUAAUGACGAGCUUCCUGCAAAAAUCGCGUCUCUGCUGAGCAGUUGCGAAGACGUAAUGGAUGCCCUGCAACACACUCGAAGCAGGUUGUUGGCUGGAGAACUGACGGUGACAUGUAUGGAAGGAGAUGUUAUGGGAUGUGGAGAAGGUGAAACGAGGAAGGGAAGAGAAGAAGCUGACAGACCAAUCGGAGUGUGCUCGGGAAAUGGGGCCACUCUUGGGAAGGAUGCGCCUGCACCACACGUCCUGUUGGCGUGCAGUGAUGUUGCCGCACUGAAAUCUCACCACAGAAAAGAGGUCGAAAGACAAAGCUUGUGCAUCAUGUCGAUGUCGGUAGCACAGGUGGCGAAGGCUCUCACAGAGGUGAUGAAGUAUGCAGAGGAGGGUUUCCACUACAACGGCCAUGGCGAGUUGUCUUUGUUGGAGGAGAGGGUGCCGKGGUACUUUGCUGUUAGCGAAAUGGACAGCGGUCCACGGGUGUGCGACUGCAGCAGACCUUUCAUGUCCUUACGGACUUUAAACUCGCAUCGUUCACAAUAUGUAAUCCCUCUCUCACUGUACUCCGACAAGACACACACAGACGGUCGUCAGAAACAGACGGCAUACCCUCUUAUGAUGUCGCUAGCCGACCACGCGUCGGAAGCCACUCUGCUGGCCUAUCUUCCCGUGCUUCAUCAUCGACCCCGUGACAAAGGAUGGGGUCUACAAUCCACCACAUUCAGGAAGCGAAAGACCGUCAUCUUCCACAAGGCCCUUUCGACGGUCUUGCAAGCUGCGAAGGAGGCAUCGCACGACGGCAUCACGGUACCGUCGACGCGAUUCGGGGACGUGACUGUCCACCCUAUCCUCCUCAACUAUAUACAGGACUACCCAGAGCGAUGUGCGCUGGCGAAUGUGAAGUUUGGUGUAUGCCCUACAUGCACCGUGUCGAAAACGGACCUCGAUAUCGUGGCCGAUUUCACGGACAGCAGGAGAUCCCAGACGCUGGAAACUCAACUCGCAGCAGCUGUGUUCACGGCGAACGACGAUGACGUGCGCCGUGCGGCGGAAGGGCGAAUGGCGGAGUUGGACAUGCAUAGGCAUGUUGAACAGAACGCCCUUUGGGGGUUCUACAGGGGGCCGAGUGGCGAUGACCCUCAGCUAGACUACCACCUCGCAUUGCAACCAGACCAUAUGCACACGAUCGAACACGGCAUAUUCCUGCAUAUGAUCGACGCAUUCAGGGCGGCAGCCUUUGAGAAGUUGCCGAACACACCGCAAACAGAGAUCCUAAAGGAACUCGAUGCGAGAUUGCAAUGCGUUAACGUUUGGGAGCAUCACCACAGGAGAUUCUGCAAACAACCGUACACGUCAUCGAACAAAAGGAAAGCGUCAACCCAGAUGGUCAACCACGUGCGCCGAUCGCUGGCGUUGCAGGAGGAGACCGGAUUUGUGAGGAAAAGGAGGAAGAGGGCCGUCGAGAAUAGGUCUUCUGUGACGGACUGUAUGGCAACGGGGACGAACACCCUGGCACUACGCGAUACGUCAAUCCUUCAACUGCGCUGGUUCGACAUCGAUCAGGACCAGAUAUGCGAGGUGGAAGGCAUUGACAGUCAUGCGUGUAAGAUACUUGAAGAGCUCCCUUUCAGAACCGAUUUUCGAGCAGCGAUUACGACGUACAUGGCGGAGAAUGGUUGUCAACCUCCUCCUGAUGAUCUCGCUAUACACACACGAACACAUCUCGCCAUCGCUUGCACGCAGGACGGAACAAACAGGGGCACAAUUGUUCAAACUGCACGAGCGUCGCCGCGGUUCCACGGGAGACCAGUGCACAGCAACGUCGCAAUAAGAGCAGCCAACGAAUGUACGUGGUUCGCAUCAGUGGCCAUGCUUUUCGUCGUCGAUGCACCCACAGACGGCGGUAAUGUGGAACACAAGUGCGCUUUUGUGCAGUGGUACACAGAGGUUGACAGUGAACGGGAACACGUGACAGGUUGCAAGGAAUUGAAAUGGGAGAAGGCGAAUGGACAUCAGCACAGCAGCGUCGUUUCAACCGACACUAUCGUGGACACCGUUCACAUUGUUCCGCGCUUCUUCCCUUCGAGUGCACGGGAGAUUUCAACGCUGAAAGAACGUAACGAGUCGCCCCCCUCGACCCCCGUCCGGGGAAAGCGCGGAAGCGGCGCCGAGAACCGUCCGCCUAGGGCCCCGGAAAAAAAAUCGCGGGAUGAUAGAAGUGCGACUACGCACCGCAGAACAAAGAAGAGAAUAUCCUACAAAGACGACAGAACAGUGGAGACAAUCGAUAUUAGAGGGUCUGACGACAGGCACAACGGACCCCAAGUGGAAGAAGAGGAGGAACACGACCGUUCCGCGCCAGAGAAGUCAGAUGGUGCGGAGGACGAGGAGCCAGGAAAUGAGGGAGACGACAGCGAUUCUUCCCGCAGACAAUCGCAAGACACCGAUGAGGACGACGACAGCGACGGCAAGUCGGUCAGCGAGAGAACCGGCGAAGACCAGAGCGCCGCUUCGGAAAGAGGUGGUUCGCCAUUUCCUUCGAGGACGCUGCGCAGAGAAGGAGAACGACAGGCACGCAAUGGCAGCGACACCGAUAAGCGUGUCGGUGACAGACAAAUCGUAUGGCACGUCAGCGCCGCCGAAAAAGAGGACGUGUUUUUCGCGGCGGUGCAAGCAACGGCGAAACUGGCAGGGGAGACAGCAGAGGAAGGGUUGCGGUCUCACAUAGCAGAGUGCGGGAUUCGAGCUGUUAUAGGGGAAUGCAACAAAAUGAUGACGACGAUCCGCGGAGAAAUUACAUGGCAGCUGAAACAUUGGUUUUGGGCUGAAAAAGGGAUUCCGCUCGUCGGAUCGCAGCAAACGGACCACCACCUCCCCGCUCGCAAUAAGAUGCGCACCGAGAUGAAGGAGAACAAAACGUGGAGACGGAGCGGCGACGAUCCGUGGGGCGCCCCCGCCUUCAAGACGGCACUCUUAAAAGUCUUUCAGAUGAGGAAGGAAGGCCGGAACUUGGGCGUCACCCUGCAGCAACUGGCUUUUGCGGAGAUGGUCAUUUAAUGUGAGAUAGAACAGACAACGAAGACGACACGAGCUGCGGAGCAGAUAGAAAAAUUGGUAUCUAUAAAGCAGGCAAUCGUCUCAUCUCUCCGUAGCCAAGACACGAUGGAAGUAACGCGGCCAGAUGAUGUGCCUAUUCAGACACACAUGGCUUUUGUCAAAUUCUCAGACAAGUACCAGCAAUGACAAUGAAUGGUUGAGAUGCACUCACACAAACGGCCGAACAUUUAUGGACAAAAAUCAUCUUAUUGAGUCCUCAUAAGACAGCAUCUUGGAAAAAAAAGAACGAAAACGUUCAGUCAGGAAAGAGAACUAUCUGCGCUCACCACCACAAAACAAACAAAACCAAAGCAGGCUAUAUCUUCAUCCUCCACAACGCAGUCACCAAAGUGACGAUGCAGCUGAUUGCAAAGCACGUACCUGCAAUCGGAGAAGCUAAAUCGCCCAUAUUUCCAGACAUUUUGGAUCCGCACCUCUCAUACACCAACAGGAGCACGGUUGCUGAGGGAGGAUUCCUCAUGCGUAUGCAAACCCCUUGCAGCUCCUGCCGCCACCCCACAUAAUCACGCCUCUAAACCGGUAGGCCUAUACACUCCCUUUCACAUCAAAAAUACGUAAAAUCCCACAAAUUGGGGUAAGCUGCCCUCUCUUCCGCUCCCGGGAUAUUGCACAUCGAAGCGAACUCUCAAUCUUAGAACAAUGACUCCUCUAUUACGAAGGCAAGGGCAUAAACUCAGCUCGUUUCUCAGUGUAUAAGGCAUAUGUCAACUUCACUACUGGAGAUGGACAGCUUUGCCCACAUUGAGACGAUUUCAUUUCAUUCACACUCCUUGCAGCUUUCCCCUCCCACCCAUCUGAAAGAGGGCCCAAAAAAAGACCCCUCAAGCAAAGCGAUCGAUCAACCUGCAUAGAUGCUGCCACUCAAAGAAUGAUAAGACCUCUGAAUACCUGAACGUUUCUACUUAGCGAUAUGAAUCAUGAUAAGGAGAGCUCAUAUAGUGUGUCAUCUAAUGAAGGUCUUAUGGUACG